AUGGCGCCCGCGCUGCCGCCCCGCGCGGGGAUGCUGCGGCCGCUCCCGCUGCUGCUCGGCGCGCUGCUGCUGCUGCUGCUCGGCCGCGUCCCAGGAGUAUGGUGCUUUAGUGAACUGUUUUUUAUAAAAGAACCACAGGAUGUAACUGUCACACGAAAGGAUCCAGUCGUUUUAGAUUGCCAGGCUCAUGGAGAAGUUCCGAUUAAGGUCACGUGGCUGAAAAAUGGAGCAAAAGUGUCCGAAAGUAAACGGAUCCAGGUUCUCUCCAAUGGCUCUUUGUACAUCAGUGAAAUGGAAGGCAAGAGGGGAGACCAGUCGGAUGAAGGAUUUUAUCAGUGUUUGGCAAUGAACAAAUAUGGAGCCAUUCUCAGUCAAAAAGCUCAUCUCAUCUUAUCAACUAUUUCUGCAUUUGAAGUUCAGCCUGUUUCUACUGAAGUUCAAGAGGGUGGAGUUGCUAGAUUUUCAUGUAAGAUUUCAUCACAUCCUCCUGCAGUCAUAACAUGGGAAUUAAAUCGGACAAGUCUACCUAUAGCUAUUGACAGGAUAACUGUCCUUCCGUCUGGCAUACUGCAGAUCUAUGAUGUUGGCAAAGAAGAUGCUGGGAAUUACCGUUGUGUGGCUGCUACUGUAGCUCACAGACGGAAAAGUAUGGAGGCCUCUUUAACAGUGAUUCCAGCUAAGAAGUCUACUAGAUCUUUCCACACACCUACCAUUAUAGCAGGUCCACAGAACAUAACAACAUCUCUUCAUCAAACUGUAGUUUUGGAAUGUGUGGCCACAGGAAGUCCUAAACCAAUCAUUUCUUGGAGCCGUCUUGAUCACAAGUCCAUUGAUGUCUUUAAUACUCGGGUACUUGGAAAUGGUAACCUCAUGAUAUCUGAUGUCAAGUUGCAGCAUGCUGGUGUGUAUGUUUGUCGGGCCACUACACCUGGCACACGCAACUUUACAGUUGCCAUGGCUACUUUGACUGUAUUAGCUCCUCCCUCAUUUGUUGAAUGGCCAGAAAGUUUGACCAGGCCUCGUGCUGGCACUGCACGAUUUGUAUGCCAGGCAGAAGGAAUACCUUCACCCAAAAUGUCAUGGUUGAAAAACGGAAGAAAGGUACAUUCAAAUGGCAGAAUUAAAAUGUACAACAGUAAAUUGGUAAUUAACCAGAUUAUUCCUGAAGAUGAUGCGAUUUAUCAAUGCAUGGCUGAGAACAGCCAAGGAUCCCUUUUAUCUCGAGCCAGACUGACUGUAGUCAUGUCUGAAGACAGACCCAGCGCUCCCUAUAAUGUACAUGCUGAAACCAUGUCUAGUUCAGCCAUCCUUUUAGCUUGGGAAAGGCCAUUGUAUAAUUCAGACAAAGUCAUCGCUUAUUCUGUGCACUACAUGAAAGCUGAAGGUUUAAAUAAUGAGGAGUAUCAAGUAGUCAUCGGAAAUGACACAACUCAUUAUAUUAUUGAUGACUUAGAACCUGCCAGCAAUUAUACUUUCUACAUUGUCGCGUAUAUGCCAAUGGGCGCCAGCCAGAUGUCUGACCAUGUGACCCAGACUACUUUAGAGGAUGUUCCUCUGAGACCUCCUGAAAUUAGUUUGACAAGCCGAAGUCCCACUGACAUUCUCAUCUCUUGGCUGCCAAUCCCUGCCAAGUAUCGCCGUGGCCAAGUGGUGCUGUACCGCUUGUCCUUCCGCCUGAGUACUGAGAGUUCCAUUCAAGUUCUGGAGCUCCCUGGAACUAUAUAUGAGUACCUACUGGAAGGUCUGCGGCCUGAUAGUGUCUAUCUGGUGCGAAUCACUGCUGCCACUCGAGUGGGACUUGGGGAGUCCUCAGUGUGGACCUCGCAUAGGACUCCCAAAGCCACAAGCGUGAAAGCCCCCAAGUCUCCAGAGUUACAUUUGGAGCCUUUCAACUGCACCACCAUUUCUGUGAAGUGGGAGCAAGAUGCUGAGGACACAGCAACUAUUCAAGGCUACAAGCUGUACUACAAAGAGGAAGGACAGCAGGAGAAUGGACCUGUACUCCUAGACACCAGCACACUUGUCUAUACUCUCAGUGGGUUAGAUCCCAGAAGGAAGUAUCAUGUGAGGCUACUGGCUUACAGCAACAUCGAAGAUGGCUAUCAGGCUGACCAGACCGUCAGUACCCCAGGAUGCGUGUCUGUCCGUGACCGCCUGGUUCCACCGCCACCGCCCCCGCAUCACCUCUAUGCCAAGGCCAAUAGCUCAUCUUCCGUGUUUCUGCACUGGAGGAGACCAGCCUUCACCACUGCCCAGACCAUCAACUAUACUAUCCGCUGCAACCCAGUGGGCCUGCAGAAUGCUUCCCUGGUUCUCUACCUGCAAACAUCUGAAACUCACAUGUUGGUUCAGGGUCUUGAACCAAAUACCAAGUAUGAAUUUGCUGUUCGACUGCAUGUGGAUCAACUCUCCAGCCCCUGGAGUCCCGUUGUUUAUCAUUCCACACUUCCAGAAGCCCCCACAGGCCCCCCAGUGGGAGUAAAGGUGACACUGAUAGAGGACGGCACUGCGCUGGUGUCCUGGAAGCCCCCUGGAGGCCCCGAGACAGUGGUGACACGUUAUACCAUCUUGUAUGCAUCAAGGAAGGCCUGGAUUGCAGGAGAGUGGCAGGUCCUGCACCGCGAAGGGGCAGUCACAAUGGCUCUGCUAGAAAACCUGGUGGCAGGAAACGUGUACAUUGUCAAGAUAUCUGCAUCCAAUGAGGUGGGAGAAGGCCCCUUUUCCAAUUCUGUGGAGCUGGCUGUCCUUCCAAAGGAAACUUCUGAAUCAAAUCAGAGGCCCAAGAGACUAGAUUCUGCUGAUGCAAGAGUUUAUUCUGGCUAUUACCAUCUGGACCAGAAAUCAAUGACUGGUAUUGCUGUGGGUGUCGGCAUAGCUUUGACCUGCAUCCUCGUCUGUGUUCUCAUCUUGAUAUACCGGAGUAAAGCCAGGAAAUCAUCUGCUUCAAAGACAGCACAGAAUGGAACUCAGCCAUCAUCUCGUGUUGGUGCUUCUCUCGCAGGUGGACUUGAAGGAGGAAAGAAUCUGGAAGGAGCUGUAGAAAACGAAGACUCGUUAAUGAUAAUGCCAAAUAGCUUCAUUGAUGCAAAGGGUGGAACUGACUUAAGAAUUAAUAGUUAUGGUCCUAUAAUCAAAAACAGCUCUAAGAAAAAAUGGCUUUUCUUUCAAGAGUCUAAGAAGACAAAAAUUGAACAGCCUCAAAGAAGAUUCACACCAGCGGUUUGCUUUUACCAGCCAGGCACCACUGUCUUAAUCAGCGAUGAAGAGUCUCCAACCUCCCCCGGGCAGACCGCCAGCUUCCCAAGACCUUUUGGUGUGGGAGCGGAUACUGAGCAUUCGGCCAACAGUGAAGGCAGCCAUGAGACAGGGGAUUCUGGAAGGUUCUCUCAUGAGUCCAAUGAUGAGAUCCACCUGUCUUCUGUCAUAAAUAGCCCUCCCCUGGCUUCCCAUUCCUUUACAGGAAGCGAUUCAGGCGAGGUCCCCUCGCUGCAGAAUGGUGAAGACCUGGCAGAGCUGGUGGAUGCAGAGCUGUCUUCCUCUUGUGCUGUGCAACCGCUGUCUACUAUGCUGGGCUUCGCCACAAAUAACUUUGCAGCCUAA